AUGAAUAGGGUGCUCAAUAAUCACCCCCGCGGCGACUCUACAUUGCGCCAACAUUUAUCCCAGUUCUCAGGGACAGAAAACGGACACCGAAGGCAGAGACGGCGGGAGAAAAAGGCAUGUGAGACCUGUCGACACAGGAAAAUAAAAUGCGAAGUUACCACCAAAUCCAAAUGCUCGUACUGCAGCAAAGCCAACAUUCCUUGCUCUCUGACUGAGUAUAGGCGGCAAAGGCAUCUAAAGAAUCAGGAUAUGAUCGAUCGCUUGGAGGCAAAUAUCCAGCGCAUCGAGGCUCAUUUUCGGAAGAUAGGGUUUGACCUGGGUCAGGAUGUGGACGGGUCAUCCUUUAUCGAGGGGUUUGACCAGUCGGAUGGAUCCUCAUCAUCGAGUCCAGCUGGAAAUACAGAUCUACGAAGAGACAUGGGUAUUUGGGAUUCAGGACCAAUGCACAUGGACGCUGAACAAAACCGCUCUGUCGCUACGCGGAAUGUAUAUCAUACGCUGGCUGACCCCUCCGAUGGAGUCUACACAAGAAUACCCGACGAUUUGACCUGCUUCUCCUUUCCAAGGUGUUUUACAGAUACACCAGACCCCGGCUUCUCACUCCUAUCCCCCAAGGGAAAGGAAUGGAUGGCUCAUAGAAUGGAAGGGGGAAGGCUUAAUAAUUUAGAAUAUUUCCUGUCAUCGGGGGUCCCUCAAAAAACUGAUCGAGGACUCCUUGGGGGUUUAUUUCCUGACAAGCAUUUCUGCCCAUUGCCUCCAAAAGAUGAGAUCACAUCAUUGGUCAAUGACUAUUUGCAGCAGUUCAACCCUUUAUGUCCUAUAUUUCAGCCGUCGUCGCUAUUGUCACUUUGCGACGACAAGAACUUACAGGACAUAUUCAAUUUUCCCGGUCGUUGGGCGAGCCUCAAUGUUGUUUUAGCGAUAGGGCUUAUGCUGCGCGUAAAGAACAGCUCUGUCGUACAGGCUGAGCAUCAGAAGAGCUGGUUGUUCAUGAAGAACGCCUUGGGGGUCUUGAAUGAGCUUUGCUUGGGGCCACCAGAUCUAUGGACUGUGCAGGCACUUUUAGGGAUGAUUGUCUUUCUCUUGGGGACAUUGAGCAGCCAGCCAUGCGGGUAUUUGAUUUCCUCCGUUGUGCAAAUAUGUCAUCAAAUCCGACUCGAACGAAGUGAGGAUGGGUCCGGAUUGGUCCCUGAAGAACUAGAACAACGCAGGCGGAUCUUUUGGAUCACAUACUGCCUUGACAAAGAAAUAUCUUUUCGGGAUGGUAUUCCAUUAGCGCAACGCGACGAUGAUAUGGAUGUCUUAUUGCCAAUGGAAGCUCCACUGGAUAACAUAGGAACCAUGGCAACAACAGACCAACAAGGAACCUUCAACGCAUUCAGAUCAGCAUGUGAACUAGCCUUAAUCAAGAGCCAGGUACACCAACACCUCUAUUCGUUAGCAGCAGCAGAUCGCCCGCCUGUUGAGGUGGCCGCCGCCGUUGCGAUGUUGAACCAAAAGCUCCAACAGUGGAAGGAUAGUAUUCCCAUCGAGUUCCGACCAGAACUACGAAGACCUUGCGCUUUUCCACAGUCCCCAACAGCCGCGAUUCUUCUUUUGCUGCAUUUCUCAUACUUCAACUGUCUGAUCGCUAUUCAUCGAGUUACCGCGGCCCGAGGGUCAAGGCUGGGUGUGGAUUUAGUCGAAAGCAACAGUUUCCACAUUGCACCCAACCCAGUGGUAUUCGCGUCGGAAUCACUAUGCACAAAAUCUGCAAUAGCGUCGAUUAACUUGAUCAAAUAUAUGCCAAAGUCUGAUAUCAUCCUUAUCGGGAUCAUGAUCUACUUUCCUGUUGUCGCAUCCAAAACACUGUCCUCGACCAUCGUCCAGAAUCCGCAAGACACGUCACGUAUAUAUCACACCGGGCUUAUCAUGCAAGUGGAGGCAUUUGUGUCAACAUUGGUCCUCGGUACACCCAAUAAAGGGAUAGAAGGACUUUUGAAGGACUUGCAAGCUAACAGAGAACCGGAGAAGGAAAGAGAAGCAUUCGCUUCACGAAAAAAACAGAAGGAUCUAGUGCCAUCAACUGCGCCAAGUAUUGAUCUCUGGCGGGUGCUGCAGUUAGGGAGGCUACAUGAAUGUGUCCGGUUUAAUGUGUAA